CUGAGAAAGUGAUUCUAUUUUCGUGAUUCCGUCGCAACGAAAUUCAAGUUUUACUAUAUUUCUUGCGUUAUCUUCACACGUUGACUUAACUAUUAUGUAUCUUAAAAGUAGACAAGCUUGAACUACACGUUUGUUCACCUACUAAAUAGUGCCUAAAUACCGAAACCAUGAACACUAGUCAAAGCUCGGACCAGGAUUCUGGACGGAAGCCCAGCCCGUUCGAUAAUCUAAGCCGAGACGAUCUGGUGAAAAAGUGCAAAGGUCUGCUGGGAAUAGCACAAAAAGCGAAGCAAGCUAAAGAUGAGUGUCAAGAGGAGAACCGCCGCCUUAAGGAACAGCUUGGUCAUUUCGAAACACAGAAAAAUGCCGAUAAGGAGUGCAUCAAGGCCAUGCAAGAGGUGGCCGACUCGUACAUGGACCAAAAGCUGCAAGCAACGAUGAAAGUGGACGAGCUAGAGAAGCAAAUGACGAAACUGAAAGCCCAGCUGGCAGAUGAAGUAUCCGCGCACGAACAGCAAACCAAAACGAUGCGCCUAGAGAUGGAUCAGUUGAAGGAAAAGCUUGCCCUGCUGGAACGGGAUGCUACAACCUGCUCAGCGGAACAGUUUGCCGAGCUGCGGGAGGAAAAUUCUAAUCUUGAAAAGGAACGAAUAGCACUCGAACAGGAACUGAUCAAGCUCAAGGGCAGCCAAACUGUGCUGGGCGAUUCAGCUCAUACACCGCGGGAAGAGAAAUUGAUCCGCAAGCUAAAGCUGUACAAAGCAAAGGUGCAGGAAAUUAACGCAAAGCUGCUACUGCUAAAGUCCGAUCGAAAGAUUCUACUGAAAACGGUCAAAGAGUACUCUGACCAGGUACCGAAGUGGCAGAAAGAUUUGGUAAACGCAUCAAACGUUUUGUUUGAGAAAAUACGCCUGCUCGAGCUGGAAAAGAGCAAUCUGGAAGAAAAAGUUGGACAGCACGAGGAGCUACAGAAAGGGCUGCGCGAGAAGAACGAUGCUCUGGAACGUAAAGUGUCGGAACUAAUGCGUGAAAUCGAAAAUGGUUCGCUAACUGCACGGGAUCAAACUGACGACGGCAACACUGACGGAGAAAGUAAUGAAACGCAGGUUGAAGAAUUGCGAGCGGAAAUAGAACGUUUGAACUCCUCGCUUGCUUCGAUGGAAGUGGAUAAACAGUCGGAACUGGCAGCGCAAGAAGCCAAAUUACAAACCGAUUCCGAAGAGAAGGAGAGUCUUCGCACGGACCUUGAAGUAUGUAAGCAGACUAUUGUUGAGUUAAAAGCAAAGAUUCUAGCGCAGGAAGAAGUGCUAACCGAAAGUAUGGAAUCGCAAAGAAGCCUCAGUACACAGGUGGAUCAGUACAAACAACAAACUAGCGCAUUUGAGCAGCAAGAAAAGCAACUACAAGAAGAACUUCAAAAGCAAACACAACAGUUAGAGCAUCACGAUAAGGUGCAGCAUACUUUGGAGGAAAAUGUUGAGAGCCUAACUAGUAAGUUGAGCGAAAUGCAAAGGGAAAAUCAUCGCCUGCAAGAAGCAUUAGAAUCGAUGUCGACUGAAGGUGGUGAAAAAUUGGUCGCCCUACAGAAGCAGCUAAGCGAGACUUCACAAACACUGGCUGAUAUGGAGCGGGAAAAGGAAGGAUUGGCGAAGAAAAUCGUCUCGCUGGAAGGUGAACUACAGGCACAAGCCUCAAAGAUGGCAGAGGAAAACCAGCAGGUAAUGCAGAAGCUGAUAGUGGAAAAUCAAAACCUAGAAGCACAACUGGCACAGCUGGCCGAGAAGCUGAAGGGCAGCAUUGGCAAGUUCAAACAAAGCCAGGAACGCUGCAAGCGCCUUGAGCAGGAAACCGAAUCCAGAAUGCUCGAACUGGAGGAACUUUUGUCGGAAAAGACUCGCCUGCUAGAUGAGGCGAAACAAGCUCGCGCCGACAACGAUGAGAAGUGUCAACAGUUGACGGUAGAUUUGCAGACCAAGAGUAACAGCAUAGUGGAAUUGGAGCAAGAAAAGGAACGUUUUGCAAAAGAGCUGGCAGAAUUAAAGACUAGACUCCAGCAAAACGAUAAUAAGUUGGUAGAUAAAAGGCAGUCCCAGGUGCAAAAGCUUCAAGAACAAAUCACUACCCUGUCGGAAAGUUGCGACCGGCUGAAGACGGAGAACGGCGAAUUGCUAUCCGAGUUGAAGGAGAUCAACGAAAUGCUGAAAGACCGUGGAGAGGUUAUAAACUUGCAGCUUUCCAAAAUAGCCGAACUUCAAGACAAGCUGUCCCGUGCCGAAACGGUCGAUAUGCAACCUUUGAAGCAACAAAUUGAGCAGCUGCAAAGCACGGUCGCGGAAAAGGAGGCAGAAUUGGAGCGACAGCGCGAUGAGCUAGCGACCGCCAUCAAUCGCUCCAACGUUAGCUUCGAUGCGCAAAGUGACGUCAUGUCGACGUCAACGAUUUCGCGCGUCGAAGAUGUGGCACGGUUGCGGGAGAUCGACGAAAGCUUCGAGGAGAAGUACAUUAAGCUCCGGUCGCUGGCGGUGAAGCUUAAAAAGAAGGUAGCCGAACAGACGGUGCUGUUGCAAAAGUAUGAAAAAGAGACGUCCGCUGCUCCGAAUAGCGCCACCAUCACUUCGGAUUCAUCGGUACAAGCAAUGAAUAAAAAUGUGCAAACACUGCAAUCGGAAAAUGAUCGUUUGCAAGACCAGCUCGACGGUAUGACACAGGAGAUGGCAAAACUGCGCUCGGAACUGGAGCAAAAAUCUAUCGACCUGACCACGCUGGAGCAGGUGCAGAAAGACGUGGAAGGCACGAGCAAAGACCGAAGCGCUCUGGAAACAGCUAUCCGUGAGUAUCAAACACAGAUCCAAAACCUAAAGCGGGAAAAGGAAGCAUUCCAGCUGGCGAAGAAGGAAAUCGACGCUGAAAAUCAACGAUUAAAGUCCUCGCUGAAAGCAAAGGAAAAGGAAAUUGCCGAAGGGGCGGAACAGCAGAAAGAGCUACGCUCGGAGCUGGAGCGGUCCAAGCUGGCAGUGAAGAAGGCGAACGUGUUGACGCUUGAAAUGGAAGCGUACGAGCGAUCGUUGGCCGAGCUAAACACGAAGCUGGAGGCGAAGAAAACGUUGGUGAAAGAGCUGGAAGGCACGAUCGAUGUGCAGGAACGUACGAUGAAGAGUCUGAAGCAGCAGCUGACCAUACUGGAGGAAGGCUUGGAAGCGCAGCAAAAGCAUUCCCGCGAGCUCAAGCAAGAGGUGGACGCCCAGCAGGGCAAACUGCGUCAAAGCGAACAUCAGCGCAUAGAGCUCAGUGAUCAGUUGGAGGAGCUUCGCGACGAGCACGAUCGGUUGAAGCAGAAGGUUGAAAACAAUCGCGUCGAACUGGAACAGAUAGCGGCAGACAAGGAAAAGACCUGUGGUUCGCUGGAAGUGGAAAAGAAUUCACUGCUCAAGCGCAACGUCGCCCUGGAAGAUGAGCUAAGCGAAUUAAGAAAGGACCUGGUCGGGAAGCAGCAAGAGCUGGAUGAUGUGCGGACUGAAUUUGCGAGCUACAAAAUACGCGCCCAAUCCGUACUGCGCCAGAAUCAGAACAAGGACAGCAGCCGCGAGAAGGAGCUGGAAGAGGAAGUGAGCCAGCUGCAGCGUUCGCUGGAUGCGGUCGAGGGCAAGCAACAAGCGCUGGCCAAGCAAAUAAGCGACCUGUCGCGCAGCAAUGACGAGUUGAAAAAUGAACGAGACCGCACGCAGGCUCGGUGCAAGGAGCUGUUGGCAUUGCUUGAAGAGAACCGGCUGCACAUUGACUCGCUGAUGGAAGAAUCACGCAAACAAAGCUCGGACCACCAGGAAGCCCUUAAAACGCAGCGCAUUCAGAAUGAAACGCUGGUCCAGUGCUACAAGAAGCAGCUCGAAGAGCAGCAGGAAACCCAUUCCCGGGAAUUGCAACAGCUGCAGCAAACCUUACGCAGCCGGCCCGAGGCUACGCUGGACAGUUUAUCAUCGGUCGCCGGGCGUAGCACGCUGCUGAACAACAACAAUCUGCAAAGCCUACUGCUAGGGCCAGGGGGAAGUGGUGCAAAUCGUGCCACCUUCACCGAUGAACAGCGCAUCAAUCUGCUGCUAAUGGAACGGGAAGAUGGCGAAGGCUCGGAAAGCACCGGCUUGGGUGCGGCUGGCGGUCCGGUUGGCACACUGCGCCGCAAGCUUUCUACCUCGUCCCGUCUCGGUCGUAGCGGUCGUGACGUGAUUCCGCUGGAUGAGCUGCUAAACACGUCAUUCGACGAUACGGCAUCGGUUGCUAUGACGGAUGGGGAGCAUGAGCUGCAGCAGCACCAGGGCCUCCUGUUCGGUAGGGAUUCGUCGCCAACGGUCGAACUGCAGCACACGAAGGAGCAACUUAGCAAGCAGGAAAGCAGGGUACGCCAUUUGACCGCGGUGCUGGCGGAAGCGGAGCAGGAUCUCGCCAAGCUAACACAGCUGAACGAGCUGCUAAAGGAGGAGGUCCGACGGCAGCAGCGCUCGAUCGAGCGGGAGGCGCAUGUACACAAUUCGGAGUAUUUAAAAAAUGUGAUAUUCAAGUUUGUAACAUUAAGCAAUGGAGACGAACGGUCUAGGCUGGUGCCGGUUCUAAACACGAUACUUAAGCUUAGUCCCGAGGAGACACAAAAAUUGCAGAACGUUGCCAAAGGUUCUGAUCCUAGUGCCCGUGGAUGGACGGGUUUGUUGUGGAGUUAAAAGUGCAUCGAAUAUUAUGCCCCCAUCUGGUUCCAUUCCUGGUUUUAUAGUAGAAGAGUGUUAAACCUUUAUCCCGUACUUGUUAGAUAGUUCCUACGGCAGUUUGUACCCCUAUCCUCCCCACUGUAAAAUCGAUUGAAGCAUUUUGCCUUUCGAUUAUCCCGUCCGAAUUUGGUAAGGUUUAAAGGGUGGAAAGAAACCGAUUGCAAUUUUAUUCCUAUAUUCUCACUCUUUAUCGGCAAUUGCACUGAACUCUAGAGCGUGUUUAGGAAGGAGCGGUUAUAGUAUGUUAUCAAUAUGGUUUUAAUGAAUUAUUGCAACUUACUACCUACGAACUACAUUUCUCUGUAUGCCGUAAUAUACCCAGAGUAUCCCGAUUCGAUUCCAAUUUCUCUAAAUGCAUUGUGUCCUUGGUAAAAUAAUGAGUUAACGUUUAUUGUGCUGUACAAUUUGGUUGUUAGCGCUUUACUAUAGCUAGCUUUUGCACUCUGUUUGAAAUAAGGACAGAUUAGGUAGAACAUUUCUUGAAGGUGCAAUAAAAACUAUACAAAACAGACAUUUAAAACAAACAGGUACAAACGAGAUCUCACCACUCGUACUUCAUGCGUACGAUCGCGCGCGUGUUCAUCACGGACUCGCAAAAAUAACCGCCUCUCUCCCGCUCCGGAGAGGCUCUUUAAAUGAAGCAAUGAAAGAAACGUGCAAAACGGGUCUCGUGCACAGAGAAAUCUCAGCAAAUUGGCAUGUGCGAAAAUGGCAUUCAUCCAUUUCCUUUUUCGUUGCGGGAUCGGGAACCUGCACAGCCGUGGUAGCGAAAACUCCUCAUGCGCAAUUUUAUCGCCUCGCGUGUUCACUGUGUGUGUGGCCCGUGCUCCGGCCUGCGGGGAACGGAACUGUGAGGGAGGCGGGCAAGGCCGGUGGGUAAGAUAUAUUCAUAGCACUUUAUCUGUCUGGGCGCUGGGUUUGUGUUAUGCUGUCUUAUGCUGUCUCGUUCCGUUGCGUGCGACUAUUUGACGUAAAGAGCGUAACCAAGCAUAAACGCCCAGAACUGAAAGACGUGCAAAUGAACACCAAUGAUUGAUUUGAUCUAGCGAGAUCGUGUUUAUACUUUACAGGAACAGGAAAGUGAAGUGUUUUCGGUGCGUUAGAUCUGUUUCAAUGGGAAAAUUUGAGAAAAAAUUAAAUGAAAAUCGUCAACCAGCGCCACCGUUUAAUAGUUCCUAAUAAAAUUUUUAUUAAACCCGCAUGAACCAAUUCCAUGCUAUCGAAAUCCUUGAAAUGAAAUGGCAAUCGUCCUAACAAAUGUGUGCAAAAUUCCAAAACAUAUGUUGAGCGGACGUUUAAACUGACAACGACCGUCCUUCGCCCUGAUGUGCGGUUUCGGGGCGAAGAUGAAUUUGCGGAUGAACACCCGCUGCUUGUUCCUCCCCCACUCGGUGGAGAGCGGGUUCAUUCGUCACGUUGGUCGCGCAUGUUCUGAACGCCGUGUGAAAAUUCGGCCUUUCACUCCUUUGUGCUCGUGGUAAGUGGAACGUUUUUCUGUGUGCUCCUGCAGAUUUGUGAAAGAUUUUCGGCAAAUCGUACGAGUGAGCGAGCGUUUGGUGUCCCCCUUUUAACCCGGCAUCAGCAAGACACAAA